CGUGGCUUGACGUGUCGUUUUCCGCACGGGCAUUAUGGGAUCCAGGAAUGAAGAAAAAUUCCGAAACUCGCACAUCUAGAUCAUAAAGAUCACACAUGACAUAAGGAUCAUAUAAAAAUAUGAAUAUGAUGGUGUUGAAUGCGCGUGAGAGCGGUUCGGGCUGAAGAGAGGCACAUGGACUGAUGUGUGUGCCGCACUGAGGGCUUUAUUUAUGUGCCUCGCGCUGAAGCGGGUUUAGUUCGCUUUCUUUUGGUUUAUUUGUCAUUAUUUAGGGUUUAAUUGCAGCCGUGUGAGUGUGAAGAUGUCCACCAGCAGCCCUGAGGCGGUGAAGAAACUCCUGGACAACAUGCAGACGGAUCUGCGCUCUCUGUCCAUGGAGUGCAAGAAGAAAUUUCCUCCAGUCAAAGAGGCUGCCGAGUCGGGCAUCGUGAAGAUCAAAACCAUCGCAGCGAGACACACAGACGUCCUGGCAGUGCUGAAGGAGAACAGUUCUGAGGUGGUCCAGCCGUUCCUCAUGGGCUGCGGAACCAAAGAACCCAAGAUCACUCAGCUGUGUCUCGCCUCCAUUCAGAGACUCAUGUCACACGAGGUGGUUUCUGAGGCGGCUGCGGGGAACAUCAUUAACAUGUUGUGGCAGUUGAUGGAGAACGGACUGGAGGAACUGAAACUACUGCAGACGGUUCUUGUGCUUCUCACCACCAACACCGUCGUACACGAUGAGGUUCUGUCGAAGGCGAUCGUUCUGUGUUUCCGACUUCACUUCACGAAAGACAACAUCACCAACAACACAGCGGCCGCCACCGUCCGGCAGGUCGUGACUGUGGUCUUUGAGAGGAUGGUGGCGGAAGACGAGAGGUUUAAGGGUCUCGCGGAAGAGCCUCCUGCCGUCCAGGGCAACAGUAACCGGCGAUCUGUGAGCACGCUGAGACCCAGCGCCAAAGACGCAUACAUGCUGUUUCAGGAUCUGUGUCAGCUGGUGAACGCUGACGCCCCCUACUGGUUGGUGGGCAUGACGGAGAUGACGCGGACGUUUGGCUUGGAGCUGCUGGAGUCGGUGUUGAAUGACUUUCCUGAAGUUUUCCUGCAGCACCAAGAGUUCAGUUUCCUGUUGAAGGAACGCGUGUGUCCGCUGGUCAUCAAGCUCUUCUCUCCGAACAUCAAGUUCCGUCAGGGCAGCUGCAGCAGCGCAGCGUCUCCGGCCCCCGUAGAGAAACCGUAUUUCCCCAUCUGUAUGAGACUCCUGCGGGUCGUCUCGGUUCUCAUCAAACACUUCUACAGCCUCCUGGUCACGGAGUGUGAGAUCUUCUUGUCUCUGCUGGUGAAGUUUCUGGAUGGAGAGAAACCUCAGUGGUUGAGAGCCGUGGCUGUGGAGUCCGUGCACAGACUGUGUGUUCAGCCUCAUUUACUGCGGUCUUUCUGUCAGUCGUAUGAUAUGAAGCAGCACUCCACUAAAGUGUUCAGAGAUAUCGUCAACGCUCUGGGAUCCUUCAUCCAGUCGCUCUUCAUCCUCCCCAGCGCCGGAAACUCUUCAUCCACCAGCGCACCCGCAGGUGGGUCUGUGUCAGGCGGGCAGGGGUCUGCUCAGGGCGUCCCGGGGGCCGCAGGUGCAGGUGGACCUCUGACCACGCAAGCAGCGUUUGAGUACCGGGGCACCUGGAUCCCCCUCAUGAACGUCAGCGUUCAGGGCAGUGCCAAAGCCACAUAUCUGGAGAUGUUGGAUAAAGUGGAGCCGCCCUCAAUCCCUGAAGGUUACGCCAUGUCUGUGGCGUUCAGCGCUCUGCUGGAUCUGGUCAGGGGCAUCACCGCUAUGAUCGAGACUGCACUCGCGGUAGAGAAGCAGGAGGCGGCAGUGAGAGAGGGGGCGGAGCCUGUGAACCCUCCUCUGAGUGACAGCAGCCCACACGAACCUCUGGCUCAUGAGGUUUGGGAAGAGAUGGUGAACGCCUGCUGGUGUGGCCUGCUAGCUGCCCUCUCACUUCUUCUGGACGCCAGUACGGACGAGACGGCCACAGAGAACAUUCUGAAGGCCGAGCUCUCCAUGGCAGCUCUGUGCGGUCGUCUGGGUUUAGUGACGCCGCGUGAUGCUUUCAUCACAGCCGUGUGUAAAGCCUCGCUGCCCCCCCACUACGCUCUGACCAUCCUGAGCAGCAACGCCGCUAACCUCUCCAAUAAAGUGUACUCAAUCCAGGGUCAGUGUGUUCAGAUGGUCAGUCCGUCCAGUGAGUCUCACCAGCAGGUGGUGGCAGUGGGUCAACCUCUCACCGCACAGCCACAGGGAACUGUAGUGCUGACAGCGAAGAACAUUCAGUGCAUGCGGACUCUGUUGAACUUAGCUCAUUGUCACGGUGUUUAUCUGGGAACAUCUUGGCAGCUGGUUUUAGCCACGCUGCAGCAUCUGGUGUGGAUUCUGGGUCUGAAGCCGGCCGUUGGUGGGGUUCUGAAACCCGGACGGGCCGUCGAGGGUCCCAGCACGGUGUUGACCACAGCGGUGAUGACCGAUCUGCCCAUCAUAUCAAAUAUUCUCUCUAGACUCUUUGAAAGCUCACAAUAUCUGGAUGAUGUUUCCCUGCAUCACCUGAUAAACGCUCUGUGCUCUUUAUCGAUGGAGGCUAUGGAGAUGGCCUACGGCAACAACAAGGAGCCGUCUCUGUUUGCCGUGGCCAAGCUCUUGGAGACGGGGCUGGUCAACAUGGCUCGCAUUGAGAUUCUCUGGAGGCCUCUGACCGCUCAUCUGCUGGAGGUGUGUCAGCAUCCUAACGCUCGCAUGAGGGAGUGGGGUGCGGAGGCCAUCACCUCACUGAUUAAAGCUGGACUCUCCUACAAACACCAACCGCUGCUGUCACACAACCAGAGGCUCCAGCUGCUGCUGUUGAACCCGCUGAAGGAGCUGUCCAACGUUCUUCACGCAGACAUCAGACAGAAACAACUGGAGUGUGUUCUUCAGAUCCUUCAGAACCAGGGCGACAGCCUCGGACCGGGGUGGCCUCUGGUGCUGGGGGUCAUCGGAGCCAUUCGUAAUGACCAGGGCGAGUCUCUCAUACGAACAGCCUUCCAGUGCCUGCAGUUGGUGGUGACCGACUUCCUACCCACAAUGCCUUGCACGUGCCUCCAGAUAGUGGUGGAUGUAGCGGGCAGCUUUGGACUUCAGAAUCAGGAGCUGAACAUCAGCUUGACGUCCAUAGGACUGCUGUGGAACAUCUCAGAUUACUUCUUCCAACGAGGAGAAACCAUUACAGAAGAGCUGGAGAAGGAGGAGGCCGUUCUGGUGAAACAGGCUCAAGAAAAAGGCGAACGUCUGAACAGACCCUUUCACCCCGCACCGCCCUUCGACUGCCUGUGGUUGUGCCUGUACGCCAAACUGGGCGAGCUGUGUGUGGACCCGCGGCCGGCCGUGAGGAAGAGCGCCGGCCAGACCAUGUUCUCCACCAUCGCUGCUCACGGAACGUUGCUACAACCUUCCACCUGGAACAUUGUGGUUUGGAAGGUUCUCUUUCAUCUGCUGAACUGUGUCAGGAAGUCCUCCACCACGGCUGACAAAGAAAAGAUCGAGUCAGGGGGCGGGAACAUCCUCAUCCACCACUCACGUGACACGGCUGAGAAGCAGUGGGCGGAGACGUGGGUCCUGACGCUGGCGGGUGUCGCUCGCAUCUUCAACACCAGGAGAUAUCUGCUGCAGCAGUUGGGUGACUUCUUCAAAGCUUGGGAAGUCCUGUUGGAUCACAUCCAGUCCGCCGCCCUCAGCAAAAACAACGAGGUUUCUCUUGCCGCCCUCAAAAGCUUCCAAGAGAUUCUUCAACUGGUCACUCCCGUUAAAGACACGGAUAAACCGGACGCUCUGUCUGCGAUGGAUGUCUCCGCCGUCCUCAUGGAAUCUCUUCAAAGCUCCGGCCCGGGCAGACCCCUCGUCCGGUCCGAUUCCCUCGCCGAGCGGUUAGCCCAGCGCUACAUAGCCCAACUUCAGCUUCCUCCGCCCGGGGAGGAGCAGGACGACUCCGCCCUUUGGUGGUCGGCGUGGAACACCUGGUACCGGAUAGGAACCGAGUGCACGCGUCCUCCUAGCGGCGGAACGGAUAAAUUGGCAUUCGUGCCCAGCCAGCCCUUCCUGACGGCAUUAAUACAGAUUUUCCCGGCGUUGUAUCAGCACAUCGCAGCAGGUUUCAGCAUGGAGGAUCUGAAGAAGCUGGGCGUGAUUCUGCACGGCGCCGUGUCUGUCCCCAUCAGCUCUGAUGCUUCACCCUUCAUCUUACCGUCCUACACAGAGGCGGUGCUCACCAGUCUACAGGAGGUGGUGCUUACAAGCCUCGACGUCCUACAGAAGGCGAUUUGUGUCGGCUCUGAGAAUCUUCAGGUGAUGUAUCCCGCCAUCUUCCAGCAGCUUCUGCUGUUCGUGGAGUUUUCCUGUAAACCUCCUCAGUAUGGAAAAAUGGAGACCAAACAUGUGGCCAAUGCCAAAUAUAACCAGAUCCAACUGUUCGCACCGGCGGAGUGGGUGGCCUUAAACUACGUGCCGUUUGCCGAGCGCUCUCUGGAGGUGGUGGUGGAUCUGUAUCAUAAGACGGCGUGUCAUAAAGCUGUCAUUAACGAGAAGGUCCUGCAGAGCAUCAUCAAGACUCUGAGGGUUCCUCUGGGUCUGAAGUAUGCGUGUCCUGCCGAGAGCACCUGGAAACUCGCCGUUUCCUCACUGCUCAAAGUGCUUUCCAUUGGCCUCCCUGUUGCCCGGCAACAAGCAUCCUCGGGCAAAUUCGACACCAUGUGGCCGGAGCUGGCGAACGCCUUCGAGGAUUUUCUGUUUACCAAAAGCACACCUCCAGAUAAUCUGUCCAUACAAGAGUUCCAGGGGAAUGAAGCUGUGGAUGUCGAGGUGGUGCAGUUGAUCAGCGCAGAGAUUUUACCGUUUGCCAAUUUCAUACCCAAAGAGUUUGUGGGUCGUAUUAUGAGCAUGCUCAAUAAAGGCUCGAUUCACUCUCAGUCCUCAUCGUUCACAGAGGCAGAAAUGGACGUGCGAAUGCGAGAGGAGUUCUCGAAGGUUUGUUUCGAGACCCUGCUGCAGUUCUCCUUCAGUAAUAAAGUCACCACGCCACAGGAGGGCUACAUCUCCCGGAUGGCCCUGUCAGUGCUGUUACAGAGGGCACAGGACGUGCUGCGGCGAUACGUGGAGGACGAGAGGCUGAGCGGACGCUGCCCGCUGCCCAGGCAACAAGUGACUGAGAUCAUCUUUGUCUUAAAAGCCAUUAGUACACUCAUGGAUUCUCUGAAUAAGACGCAGCCGGAGAACGUGGACGGUAACGUAUGGGCUCAGGUGAUCGCUCUGUACCCCACGCUGGUGGAGUGCAUCACCUGCUCGUCUCCCGAAGUAAGCUCCGCCCUCAAAGACGCCCUGGGGCCCUUUAAGGACUUCAUGCAACCGCCCGUCUCCAAAGUGCAGAACGGCGAAUCGUGACUGAACGUUUUUAUUCCACCGCAAUCAUGAUUGUGACCGUUUCAUACGCCACGCGUGAAGACUCACCCGCCCCCACUGUCAUGGCAAACGUCAUGGAAACCAUUGACUGACAGCUCUAAAUGUCAUCGUCCUAAGCUUCUAAUACGAGCUGACGUUAGAUUCUGAUUGGCCGACUUUAAUGAUGUAUUAACAGCUAGGCCUACAUGAAAUUUGCAGUGUUUGUUGUUUUUAUGGUUUUUUGUUUGUUUUUUCCCCCUCAUGUACAGUGUUUGGUGAUAGUGUUGAUGAUGUAAUUAGGAAUGAUGUCUUUUGGUUCGAAACCAGAUCAAAUCCAAAAAUCAUAAACACAUGAAGGAUGGUCUUUUUUGUGAAAUUUUCUCAACAGCAAUGGAUUUUAUGCAAGAUCUUACUGUAACAUUCCAUGUCAUCUUUAGUCGCAUUGAGAAGGGUUGAACCCGUGUGUGUACAAUAAUAAAUGCUACAGUUCUAUGAACACUA